AUGAAGUACACACUCCCAUCUUUGGCCCUUGCCUCUGUGGCAUCUGCCCGUGUUCUUAACACCAGACAGUCAUCAUGCUGCUUUGGAAUCAACGUCUCUGGCGAUGGUGUCCAGGGUGGUUCUCUUGGUCAGCUUAGCGAUGGCCAGAACCGCUUCGGUCCUAACCAGUCUGGUGCUACCUACUGCAUCGACAAUGGCAAGAUUACCGACAAGAGUGGCAGAGGAUGUGUUCUCACCGAUACCACCCAGUUCCAGUGCGAUCAGGGUGCUUCCCCCACCGGAGGUUUCUCUAUCGCUCCCUCUGGGCAGAUCGAGCACAAUGGCGAUGCCACUUUCUACGCUUGCCCUGUUGACGACAACGGCAACUACAACAUCUACACUCAGCCUCUUGACAACAUGCCCAAGUGUGUCAAGGUUGGUUUGAGCUCCGCCGAGGGACACUGCGCUGCCCCUUCGUCCACUCCUGCCUCUUCCUCGGCUGCUCCUGCUACCACUGCAGUUUCCGUCUCGGUUUCCACCCAGCAGUGCCAGCCUUCCACAAUCCCUCGCCUGAUCGUCCCCGUCAACAGCAACCAACCCGAGAAAUCUUAUGGCACACAAUACAACGCUUAUGUCGGUCAGGGCAACAGCACCAUCUUCACCUUCGACGUCCCUCAGAGCUACCAGGGCAAGCAGUGCGAGGUCAUCUUCACGUUCCCGACUCAAAGCCAGCUUGAGACUUCUUUCGUUUCGGAAUCAGGCAACGGCGGCAUUGACUUCAAGCAACUGAAGGAUGCCGCUGAUGACAAGACCACCUUUAACAAUCAGCCUGACGUUGCCAAGGACUUUGGUGAGAAGGGUGUUUCCACCGGUAACGCCUACACCAUCACCACUGGUGACUGCGCCGCUGGCAUGUCAAUCUCGUACGAGCUUACGGCUACUGGCAACUACGAGACUUCCUGGUUCCAGGACUGGAACCCUUGCCCUAUCGGUCUCUGGGUCGUCGCUAACUAA